AUGCUCAACAUGUCUGGCGCUCACAUCCCCGGCAACCGGAACAGCACCCCCGAGGUGAACACUGUCUCCUCUCUCAGACCCCCUUCAUCCCGUGCUGUUGGCUCGAGCCACCUUCGUGCGUCCGCAGACAUGGCCGCCCUAACCGGAUCCAACAUUUCGACAGACCGCGCCCGACCCUCUUCCGACUUCUACGGUCGUGUCCAGCUCGGUCAAGGUCAAGCCAACAUAGAAACCGACCCCCAGCAAGAGCUUGCUCAGCAGUGGCUUGCCGAUAUUGACCAGUACGAGACCACUCUGGAGGAGAUGGCCGCAGCCACCCUCGAUCAGGACUUCAAGGAUGAACUCAGCGCUAUUGAACAGUGGUUCCGUGUCCUGAGCGAAGCUGAGCGGACUGCUGCCCUCUAUGCGCUGUUGCAGCAGACCACGCAGGUCCAGAUCCGAUUCUUCAUCCAGGUUUUGCAGCAGAUGGGAAAGAACCACCCCAUGUCUGGUGUCCUGUCCCCGACUAGCUUUGACAAGGAUCCCAUGUCCAAUCGCUUGAACGAUGCCAUGAGCAAGCUGAGCGUUGACUCUGCUCGAAAUUCCAUGGUCCGCCCCACUGCCGCCGCUGGAAAGAGGCAGUCUGGACUCGACCCCUCUACCAUCAAUGCCAUGUUCCCCGAUGCCGCCGCCGCCAUCGCGACCGAGAAGGCCAAGUUUACCCAGCAGACGGGUAACCCGCCCGCCUCGAACCGCAACAGCACCGUGGCUGGCCCUGUUGAGACGGAUUCGGGAGCGCAGAACCCCUCUUCGCCUUGGCCCAUCAGCAACGAGGCUGCUGGCCAGUCGAAGCCUGCUACUUCCUUGCCCCCCAUGGGCCAGUUUGUCCAGCCUCAGCCAUCGUCUGGGCUUCGAUCUCCGCGCCCUCCUCAGCUCUCUAGCAACAGUGCGAUCCAGAGCACGACGAUCACGGCCCCCGAGGUUUCCGCGUCCGACUUGCCUCUCUUAUCCCCCUACACAGCGGGUAGCGGUAACUGGGCUAGCAUGGUGAACACGCCACUGGUGGCUAACUUCAACUCCGCGCAAGCCAACACGCAGGCGGACAUGGUUGCCAACGCGACGGCGAUGAAGCUUGCGGCGCUUUCUACUGUGAACAACCGCUUCGCUCUCGACGACGUCCGAAAGUAUCGCAAGAACAGACCUAACGAUAAUAUGCAGGGCCCGAGCAAUCCUCCCGGCUUGAACCCCAACCCUCAGGGUGUCAACCUACCUAGUGCUAACGUGGUUAUGAUUAACGAGCACGGUCAGGUGGUCAGCCGCGAGCAUAUGAUUGCUCUCCAGACUCAGCAGGGUCUAUCGUUCGGACAGCGCUCUCGUCCUAGCUCCCCCGGAAUUGCCAUGCAGGGCACUGCAUUCCCCAACGCCGGCGUUCCUUUCACCUCUCCGCGCAACAAUGGCUUCCUCAGCGCCUACGACGGUACGCAGUUAUUGGGUAAUGCCAUUCCUCCCGUAAACCUCGGCCAGCUAGGAAUUGGUCUGCACGAGGGUUAUCUCUCGGACCAUUCGGAUAUGGUGCGCGGCAGGUCGCCCCGAGGCCGGCGAGGAAACUCGAAGCCACCAGAGGAUCCUACCGACCCUUCGCUUCUCCAGGAUAUCCCUGCUUGGCUCCGCAGCCUUCGUCUCCACAAGUACACUGAGAACUUGAAGGAUAUGAAGUGGACUGAAUUGAUUGAGCUUGAUGAUAAGGCUCUUGAGGAGCGAGGUGUUAAUGCGCUAGGUGCGCGAAGGAAGAUGCUCAAGGUAUUUGAGCAGGUCAAGGAUGCGAAAGCUGAGGGCAGGAUCGGAUAA